AUGCCCAUGCCUGAAUAUGUCUUCCCUCUUGUCCUGAUGAAGAAGCCUCAGGUCUCAUCACCUACAAGACAGGAAAGAGGAGCAAAGGAGCACACUGUCUUUUCACAAGCUGUAGCAGGUCAUGGGGAGAAAAAGCUGAAGCCUGGUCUGAAUGCAGGCAGGGUGACAACAGACAUGGGGCUGAAAUAUUUUGGAGAUUUUCAUAAAAAUGAAAACCAAAAAGGAAAAGCAGAAAAAUUGGAAAAAGCAAAUUUUGCUGUUUUUCAACAGCAGCUCAGGUAUACACAGAACAAGAUUCAGCAGUUAAAACAAGCAAUGGAAUCACGGAAUGUAACAGGCAUCGCAGAAUUCCUCCUUCUGGGCCUUUCUGAGGAUCCAGAGAUGCAACACCAACUCUUUGAGCUGUUCCUCUCCAUAUACCUGAUCACAAUGUGUGGAAACCUGCUCAUCAUCCUAGCAGUCAGCUCUGAUCCCCACCUCCACAACCCCAUGUACUUCUUCCUCUGCAACCUGUCCUUGGCUGACAUUGGCUUUGUCUCCACUACAGUUCCAAAGAUGCUGAUGAACAUCCAAACACAGAGCCAAUCCAUCACUUAUUUGGGAUGCCUAACACAAGUGUCCUUUUUUUAUCUCUUUGGAUGUUUAGACAAUCUGUUCCUUACUGUGAUGGCUUAUGACCGGCUUGUGGCCAUUUGUCAUCCCCUUCACUACACAAUGAUCAUGAACCCCCGGCUCUGUGGCUUGCUAGUUUUGGUAUCUUUUCUUAUCAGCAUUCUGGACUCCCAGCUGCAUAUUUCAAUGGUGUCACAACUUACCUUCUGCUCAGAUGUGAAAGUCCCUAGUUUCUUCUGUGACCCUCCACAACUCCUCAACCUUGCCUGUUCUGACACUUCCACCUAUGCCAUACUAGUGUAUUUUAUUGGUGCUAUUUUGGGUGGCAUUCCAGUCUCUGGGAUUCUUUUCUCUUACAUUCGAAUUAUUUCCUCCAUUCUGAGAGUCUCAUCUUCAGAUGGAAGAUAUAAAGCCUUUUCCACCUGUGGCUCUCACCUAUCAGUUGUUUGCUUUUUUUAUGGAACAGCACUUGGGUCAUAUUUCAGUUCAGCUGUCAAAUCUUCUGCCAGGAAGGGUGCAGUGGCCUCGGUAAUGUACACCAUUGUCACCCCCAUGCUGAACCCCUUCAUCUACAGCCUGAGGAACAGGGACAUAAAAAGAGCUCUAUGGAGACUCCUCAGCAGAACAAAUUAA